GUAGAACAACAUCUUACAGGUGGAGCAGAAAUGGCAGCGCGCUUAGGAGUGACAUGCUGCUCAGUUUACCUCACAGCAGUUCUGCUGUGCUACGUUUGUACAAAAGAGGAAAAGAAAGCUGUGAAAGCAAGAGAGAGAACGAACAUCACGCUGCAGCCGGUAGAAAGUCAACACAACGCCCGGGUCGUGUGGACCUUCGGAGUCGAAAGCCCAAACAUUCGAAUAGCAUCAGUAAAGCUGAAUAAAGAAGUAAAAUGUGACUAUGAGGAGAAAUUCAGAGACAGACUUCUUCUUGACAGCCACACCGGAGCUCUGACUAUCUCACAGCUGGAAGUGAGUGACUCAGGCGUUUACCAGUUCCAGUCCAUCAGCAGCAAAAUCCUGAGCAGAGAUUUCCACCUGACUGUCUACAGUUUCCUCCCUAGGCCGUCCAUUACCGUCACUAACUGCAGCUCUGCUUCAGUCACCGUGGAGUGUUCAGUCCAGAACAGCAGGGAGCUGAAGCUCUCCUGGUACCGCGGGACGGAGAGACUGAAGCAAACCAGCAGUCCCAGUCUGCCCUCUGAGCUGAUUCUUUCUCUGGACGUAGAUGCCGAGGAUGGAGGCAACUACAGCUGCAUGGCUGAAAACCCUGUAGAGAGACAAACCACCAAACUGCUUACAAAGGACAUUCAGCUGGGAAAUGCAGAAAACAGCAGCUGGUGUCAGAAUGAAUCCACUGUCAGGCUGAUUGUUUCUGCUGGAAUUGCCUUGGUUCUGAUUCUUCUCCUGGUUGACCACAUCAGGUUCUGAGGAUGAGCCAGGAACUAACAGCAUGAUCCGGGAAACCCAACACUUGCUGGUUCUCAUGCUGGAGCGGAGACAAUUCGUGCAUGUCAAAACUUGGUGAACUGCAUUUUUUGUGUUAAAAGAAUCUAAGAAACAAACCCUGAGUGCACAAAAUACCACAGCAAAGUCUGUGACAAACCAGAUGCAGUAUUGAUGUAGGAAUGUAAUGGAUAUACAAUGUUCUAGCUGUUUUCACCUGAUUUCCUCUGGGUUUUGUCAGAUUCUUGUUUUCUUUGAGUUCUUUUCCUUUUCUUGGUUCUGUUUUAUUUGUUGGUUUGUUCUUGGAAGGAAUUAUGACAAUUAUGACCUAAAGUUUUAACACUCCCUGAGAUAUGACAAAAACAUAACCUGUAAAUAAGUGAGUAAUAAAUGAUUUAAAUAUU